UUUCUGAUAUCUGUAUAGGUAAUGUCGCCGGGAAAGAUGAGAGAAGAUGAGAGGGUAUUGGGAAGUUUAUCACCUGCUCCGGUGGUUGCGGUGCAAGGCGGAGAUGAGAAGGCGGCACCGAUGAGGUCGGCGGAGACACUACUUCGGCUUUUGUCGGUUGGACUUUGUGUGGCAUCACUUGUUAUCAUGCUUAAGAAUUCUCAAACUAAUGAUUUUGGUUCUGUCUCUUAUCAAGACCUUGGAGCUUUCAAGUUCUUGGUGCAUGCAAAUGGAAUAUGUGCAGGCUAUUCACUUGUGUCAUCGGUUGUCACCGCCGUGCCCCACCCAUCCACUAUAUGUCGUGCCUGGACUUUCUUUGUUCUCGAUCAGGUGAUAACAUACUUCAUCUUGGCUGCGGGUUCAGUUUCAACAGAGGUAGCAUAUUUAGCGUAUAAAGGCGACACAUCCAUCACUUGGAGCGAGGCUUGUGGCUCGUUUGGUAGCUUUUGCCACAAGGCAACAGCCGCGAUAUCAAUAACAUUCGCGGUGGCUCUAUGCUUUGUGGGUCUUUCUAUCGUCUCUUCCUACAGGCUUUUCAGCAAAUACGACGCUCCAGCAGUUGCUUACAGUGCGAAAGGGUUAGAGAAUGGGACACCUAACCGGCCCUAAAUACAGUUGCUGUUCUAGUUAAAAUGCAAGUACAAUUUCAAACUUUUACAAAUUGAAAUGUUUUCGCUAUUAUUAUUAUUGUCAAAUUGCUUAUCUUGAAAAACAGUGUUAUAUGAA